UUUACGCUGCUGAAGGUUACAGAAGCAGCAGCAGCAGCAGCAGCCGGUAGAAGUCUCAUCGACUGUCCGCUGUGCAGGCUCGGCGGGACGGACUGAGUUUGGCUGAAGGCGGGAGUGAGCAGCGGUGAAGCGCAGACAUGGAUCCCAUGAAGGCCCAGCAGCUGGCGGCGGAGCUAGAGGUGGAGAUGAUGGCAGACAUGUACAACCGAAUGACCAACGCCUGCCACAGGAAGUGUGUACCACCACACUACAAGGAGGCGGAGCUGACAAAGGGGGAGUCGGUGUGCCUGGACCGCUGCGUGGCCAAAUACCUGGACCUCCAUGAGAAGCUGGGUCGCAAGCUGACAGACCUCUCUGUGCAGGACGAGGAACUGAUGAGGAAAGCAGCUGUCGGCAGCGGAUAGAGACAUUGAUGAAGGAAAUGACAUGUGGCAGGGGGGCGGGUUACGGGAUGGGGUUAGCAUGUCUGGUUUCUGUACAAUGAGAGACUGGUGUUUUAAUGUAAAGGGUGGAUCAACUUAAAAAACAAAACCGUUAAAUUAAUAUUGAGACAAAGUGCAGACGGGGUUAGAGGACGCACCCAGUGGAUCAACUGCAUAUCUUGAAACUGCUCAGAAGUGUCCGCCGGCGUCUUUGGACCAGUCCGAUUCGUUUGGUCCUCAAGCAGUCAUCUGCAAACUGAGGGGAGAGAAGAAAGACCUGGGACAUUUAAAGUUUAUUUGAGUCCCACUUUGUGCUUGUUUUCAGCUGCUUUGCUGUUUCUGCUGAACCUUUGUAAUACCAACAACGUAGCACUCGCAGCCAGUUUAAACGAGCACUAUUGAUCUGAAAUCAACCUUAGAUCCCAAUUCGCUCUUUGAAGAGUUUUUCUUUGUGAAAGGGCUGAAAGUAAACACAGGCCUCUUCUUAAUGUUACACCACAACUUGAUAUUCUGGUGGAGUCGUCUGUUAUGCAGACUAAGUAGUAUUUAUCCUGUUCAAAACCUUGAAAUACAGCAAAUCAAAUACAUAUACAUGGAUAAGGGCGUGCACUGUGAGCCAAAACAAGUUUUUACACACUAGAGCCUGACUGAUAAUGAUUUGGGGACUAAUGCUGAUAUUUAGAUGUGAAAACAUUUCAAAUAGAUAGCCCAUAUAUAAAAAAAAAUUGGCAAUGAUUCCUUAUAUGUUAUCAAACUCUUAUUAGAAAGAAAUUGAGUCUUGAUAUUUUACAGUUCCAACAUAAACUUCAUUAUAAUUGAUUUUGAAUAUAAAUCAAUCUCAAGUAAAUAUAUACAACUUUUCUGAAUUGUUUAUUCUGUAAAAUAAAAAGUUUUCAAAGAAA